UGAUAUUCGACGAGAAACUAUACGUCGCUCCUGUUUGUGAAUGUCUGACUUAUGAGAUAACCACAGAAGGCGCUGUGGGAUACGGACGCAGAUCACUUCUUAAUCUAGACGACUCGGCGAAAAGUGUCGAGUUUGUUGACGUUUCUGUUUAUGUUUUGUUGGCGAUUUUAAUUCGGAGAAAGUGGUUUGUGACUUGACAACUCGAUGAACGAGAAGAGGAAAGAAGUGGUGUAAUGAUGUGAUAAGUGUGUGUACUUGAAGGAAAAGGAUAAGAUUAAAACAAAGGAGAAGUAAGUGAGGAGAGGACGAAGUGUGGAGAACGAAAUACAUACUAGUGCAUAAUUUGUGAAUUGAAACACGAAAAAGAAACAACCAUGGAGAAGACGCUAAUUUGACAGAAAAAAAAUUAUUAACGUGAAAUGAUAGAAGACGCGCAAUAAUGCCAAUGAAGGACAAAUAGCUGUCGGAAGAGAGCCAAAGCAACAGCCAUUAAAUGCGCCAGUGACAGUGUGAUCGUUGCAACAGAGCGGAAGACGAGCCUUACGCACAGCGACACAAGGCCUAAAAUGACCAUCACGCCGUUAUAGGCAGAGCCAGAGGAGUUCGAAGUGAUGUCUGGUGUCAGUUUACGCCGAUGGAAGCGCCCUCUUGGUGGCAUUGUUGUCAGCAGUGCCAACAGCAGGAGCAACGGCAGGAUGGGGGGGCCGCUGCACUGCCUGCUGCAGCGCCUCCCGCUCGUGGUCCUCCUGCUGGGCGCCCUGCCUGCUGCGCUCGCCGAAGGAGAGCAGUGCGGGCGCCCGGGCCGCCCCGUGAAUGGCACGGUGUCCACGUCAGGCCGCUUCUACUUCCCCGGCGAGCGCGUGGCCUACAAGUGUCUGGAGGGCUUCGUGCUCUUCGGCGCCGACGAGAGGACGUGCCACAAGAACGGCACUUGGAGCGACGAGGUGCCGCUGUGUGACUUCAACCUGGCGCGGGGCAAGCGGGCGCUGCAGAGUGCCACGCUGUGGUCGUACGUGCCCGAGAUGGCGGUCGACGGCAACCCCGACACCUGCUCCUUCACCCCCCGCGGCCCCGACCCCCGCUGGUGGCAGGUGCACCUCGGCCACAAGUUCAACGUCAUGAGCGUCGGCGUCACCAUCAGCCCAGGAUCCUUCCAGGAGUUCACCAUCUACGUCAUCGAACUGCUGACGGAUAACAAGGCGCUGUACAAACCCUGCACGACAUUCAAGGGUGUGUUCCAGACGCACAAGGCCAUCUUCCAGUGCAACGACGGCCUGGGCCACCCCGGCCAGUUCGUGUACAUCCGCGACGACCGGGAGGAGCAGGAGUACUUCGGGCUGUGCGAGGUCGAGGUCUUCGCCUUCAGGGAGCGCAUCCCCUGCGGCGAGCCGGAGGUGCCCGUCGAGGGCGAGGUGGAGCGCGAGGGCGAGACCAAGGCUGUGUACACCUGCCGCGCCGGCUUCCGGCUGGAAGGCGACCCCGUCCUCACCUGCUCCUCCAAGGGCAAAUGGGAGGGCCAGGCGCCCAGGUGCAAGGAGUCCCAGUGCCCCCCUCCGGGCCACAUCAGCCACGGCUUCAUCGAGGUGGCCAACUUCCGGGGCGUGUACGGCUACGGCACGGUGGCCACGUACAGCUGCAACCCUGGCUACGUGCUGCAAGGCAACAGCACGCGCACCUGCGACCACUCGGGCAAAUGGACGCUCGAGCCGCCCUCGUGCCAAGCUGUGACGUGCGGGCCGCCGCCGGUCUUCGCCAAUGCCCGCUACACCCUCCUCAACGGGUCCACGCACUGGAACGGCAUCGCCGUCUACUCCUGCGCCGACGGCUACAGGCUGCAUAGAGACACGGGCGACACCGUUUCCACGUGCAUGGACAGCGGCAGCUGGAAGUUCAUCAACGUCACGUGCAUCCCCGUGGAGGUGCCGGCGACAGCAGCGGGCGUGCGGCGAGGCAGUGGGCGUGCGCUGACAUUUGACCAGGACGCUGCGGGCGCGGCCGAGCCGCAGGGCACGCAGGGCCUGGUGGUUGCCUUGGCCAUCAUGGCGGGCCUUCUGACGGCGGCCAUGCUGGUCGUGGGCGUCCUCCUGGCGCGGCGCCACCUCAUCUCCGGCCCCGGGUCGCUGCGCUCGCUGGUGCGCUCCUCGCCCACCAAGGACGCCACGCUCUACGGCGCCAUGGUCGGUCCGCGCCACCACGACGUCUCCAACACCGUUAGCGCCAGCAGCGUCGCCGGGACCACGCCCAGCUCCCUGGGCCCCGCGGGCGGCCCGGGCGCGCCUCCGCCUAGGGGCGCGCUCUUCCAGCAGAACCUGCUGGCCAACCUGCCGCUGCGGCCGCCCGACCAGCACAGCCUCGCCGGCAGCCAGGGCACCGCCGUCACCGCCUCCGAGCUCGACGACGACCCCAACUACGCGCAGAUCCCCGGCCAGGAGCCGCCGUACGAGCGCGUGCGCACGCGCUCCGAGCACAGCUACGAGACGCUGCGCAAGAAGAGCUUCGCGUCCGACCUGGACAGCGAGGCCGGCAGCGUGCUGGACGACAAGGACAGCGUGGGAUACGAGUCCCUGAAGGACGCCAAGGGCAAGGACUCGGGCUACGAGACGGUCAAGGAGAAGGACCACGACUACGAGACGGUCAAGAGCAAGGAGCCCGGCUACGAGACGCUCAAGGGCGCGGCGGACCACGGCUACGAGACGGUGCGCGAGGCGGGGCCGCGGCACCACGGCUACGAGACGCUCAAGCCCAAGCCUCCGCCGCCCAGGACGGAGGGCAGCGCCGGCGAAGGCGAAGACACGGUGCCGGACAUCCUGCAGAACCUGUCGAGCGGCGCCCAAGGCGGCGACGUGCCACCAGAGAUCAUGGCGCUCUACGCCCGCGUCGACAAGACCAAGAAGCGCCGCCGCGCCGCCGCCAGCGACUCCGACAGCCCGCUGCCGAGCGCGGCGAGCUCCCCGACGCCUCCUGACGCCGAGAACCCCCCCUCCUCGCCGAGCGUCAGCAGCGACUUCAGCCACGCCCCCACGAGCUCCGGCGUGAGCAGCGCCUCCGCCCACUCGCCCGUGUGCCCCAGCAUCAGCAGCACCAGCAGCACCGCCAGCAUCAGCGAGCCACCCACGGACGUGAGCUUCGUGAGCGAGUCGAGCGCGCCGGCCGCCGGGGCCCAGGCGGCGCGAGAACUCAUCCGCAAGUUCAACCGCCUCACCAGCGACGAGGAGGCGCCCUUCCCGCGCAGCCGCCAGGGCAGCGUCGCCAGCGACACGGGCAGCCUGCGCCCCCUGCCGCCCCUGCCCAAGGACAGCAACUCGCCCACGACUCCCUGAGGGAGGGAGGCCAGCCACUGACGGCCCCUGGGCGUGGAGAGUCCCGAGAGAUUGCCUCGAGAUCAAAGAGAAAAAAAGAAAUCUGGUCUGCUUGAGGCCGAGGCAGGACUCGGAUAUGAAAGAAAAGUUGUGAAAGGCUUUCCUCGCAUAUUGCGUGACACAGUACGUUGCACUGAACACAAUACGAGAAACUGAUUCACUUUGCAGGUGAUGUGAUGUGGCUACUCGUCAAACCCAGAUUGUGGUUCAGGAAAUUCAGAUACGAAAGACAGUUUUGCUAAGAAGCUAUAUCGUCUUCAUAAAUGUAGUGGAGGAUCAGCCGUUUAUUGCUUCAGAAAAUAUAUAUUUAAAAUCUAUAUUGAGAGAUUCCAGUGAUUACUGCAUAGUUGUAUGUAACCUUGUAUAAUUGUAUAAAAGUGAUAUCAUAGUAUGUUAGAUUUUGGUUUUGUAUAAGUUAAAAGCGACUGUGUUAAUACAAUGUUAAUAUGAUGCACAUAUGCCUGCACAGUAAUAUUCAUAAUAUACUUUUAUGAACUAAUUUCUUUUAACAGAGUAUACUGUCUUCUUUUGUUUUGGUAAAAUAUACAGGAGACAUGGACAAUAGAAAAAAAAAACGUGGUUAUGUUAGUUCUCUUUGUAUUCAGAGACAUGGUUAUUCCUAGCAAACCAUACAGUGGUAUACUGCAUGAACUAACACAAACACACACCAAACACACACAAACACCCACCAAACACCCACCCACAAACACACACACACACACACACACACACACACACACACACACACACACACACACACA